AGCCAGUCCCCGCGCCGGCUGGCGACCUCCGGGCAGGACAGGGCUGGGUGCGCGGGGGUCGGGGUGGGGACCCCGGCUGAGGCCCGGACCGCGUCCCCCGAGCCUUUCCCACCCUGGGGACGACUCCGGGCGCAGGUGGAUGGCAGCCAGGUGCCCCCGCGGCGCAGGAGCCGGUUCUGCCCUCUGGUGCAGGGGAGCAGCUGAGAGAAAGCCCCUUCUCCGUGGGCCGCCGGGUCCCCAGCUCCUUCCUGGCUUCCACCCUCCGAAGUGUGGUCACCAGGCCGUUCUGGGCCAGCCUGAGCCCAGCGAUCUGUCCGGGAGCCAUAGGGGCCCUGGAGGGACUUUCUGGAAAUCGUCUUGGAGCAGAGGCUGCAGAGGAGCAGAUCCGGGUCCCUAGAACUCUGGACCCCAGGGCCCAGCUGGUGGACACGAGACCAUCAGAAGCCAGAAACGGCGAGCAUCAGCCUGCGCUCGGCUGUGGCUGCUCAGCGGGUGUUGGGCCAGGGUCUCCCUGUCUCGGGGGAAGCAGGCCCAGAGGCUGGGUCCGGUGUGGAUAUGGCCUGGGGGCUGGAGAAUCAGCCCUGACCAGGAGCAGCCGCAGCCUGGGGAGCCCUGUGGUCCCCAGGACCUCUCCCCGCACUUUUCCUGUGGGUGGAACAUGGACGCAGCCCGGGCUGUGCUGUAGGUGGGGUGGCUGCUGCCCCUGGUCCACCGCUGUUGAGGCAGGAGUCUGAGAUUCAGAUGGCUCCAAAACCCUAAGGUGUUAGCCCAAGUUUGACACCAAAACUCAUUUGGGGGCAAAUCUGUGCUGCAGUGCCCUGAGGCUAAUUUUGUGUUUGUUUAUCUUAUGUGCAGGGCUUAUUUAUAGAUUUCCUGCUGGGGAAGUCUGGGACCCCUCCUCCCCAAAUCUCUACAUGCAGCGUACACAUAUCCUUUUCUGAGGUCUGAGACCCUCUCGUCCUGGUGGGUGUGUGGCUCCUGGGUGAAGAGCAAUGAAUGAUAUUGGGGACUAUGUGGGCUCCAACCUGGAGAUAUCCUGGCUGCCCAACCUGGACGGCCUGGUGGAGGGCUACGCCCGCAACUUCCGGCCCGGCAUCGGAGGGCCCCCCGUGAACGUGGCACUCGCCCUGGAGGUGGCCAGCAUCGACCACAUCUCAGAGGCGAACAUGGAGUACACCAUGACCGUGUUCCUGCACCAGAGCUGGAGGGACAGCAGGCUCUCCUACAACCACACCAAUGAGACCCUGGGCCUGGACAGCCGCUUCGUGGACAAGCUCUGGCUCCCGGACACUUUCAUCGUGAAUGCCAAGUCCGCCUGGUUCCACGACGUGACGGUGGAGAACAAGCUGAUUCGGCUGCAGCCCGACGGCGUCAUCCUGUACAGCAUCCGAAUCACUUCCACAGUGGCCUGUGACAUGGAUCUGGCCAAGUACCCCAUGGAUGAGCAGGAGUGCAUGCUGGACCUGGAGAGCUAUGGCUACUCCUCCGAGGACAUCGUCUACUACUGGUCCGAGAACCAGGAGCAGAUCCACGGGCUGGACAGGCUGCAGCUGGCACAGUUCACCAUCACCAGCUACCGCUUCACCACGGAGCUGAUGAACUUCAAGUCAGCGGGCCAGUUCCCCAGGCUCAGCCUCCACUUCCACCUGCGGAGGAACCGGGGCGUCUACAUCAUCCAGUCCUACAUGCCCUCUGUCCUCCUGGUCGCCAUGUCCUGGGUCUCCUUCUGGAUUAGUCAGGCAGCAGUGCCCGCCAGGGUGUCUCUAGGCAUCACCACCGUGCUGACGAUGACCACGCUCAUGGUCAGCGCCCGCUCCUCCCUCCCACGGGCCUCGGCCAUCAAGGCGCUGGACGUGUACUUCUGGAUCUGCUACGUCUUCGUGUUUGCGGCACUGGUGGAGUACGCCUUCGCCCACUUUAAUGCUGACUACAGGAAGAAGCGCAAGGCCAAGGUCAAGGUCACAAAGCCUCGGGCAGAGGUGGACGUGAGGAACGCCAUCGUCCUGUUCUCCCUCUCCGCUGCGGGGGUCACCCAGGAGCUGGCUGUCUCCCGCCGCCAGUGUCGCACCCCUGGGAACCUCAUGGGCUCCUACAGGUCUGUGGAGGUGGAGACAGGGCCAAGGAGGAAGGAUGGGGCGCCAGGGGGCCGAGGGGGUCUCCGAGGCCGGCUCAAGCCCAUCGACGCAGACACCAUCGACAUCUACGCCCGCGCUGUGUUCCCUGCGGCAUUUGCGGCCGUCAACAUCAUCUAUUGGGCGGCCUACGCCUUGUGAGGGCAGGCGGUGGCCCGGAAAUGGCCAGGGGAAGGACGCACCCUGUCCUGCUUUGAGGUGGAUGACACGCAUGCUCCAGGAAGCUUGGGCCCCUGAGCUUUGCCCCAGUCCCGCCUGCAAGAGCAGCCUGUAGCCCUGCAGACCAGCAGCCUCUGCGAUGGGCAGAGCCGCUGACCAGGGCUGGGCAGGUGCAGCUCACCCUGGGGAGCUGUGAAUUUUUAGACUCAGACCAUCCUGGUUUCCAGGUCUUUGCUCUGCGGGAUCAGAGAGCAGGCGGUGGCAGGGCAGUGGCCUCUGUCAGGGCCCUUGCAGGAGAAGGCAUCCGCAGGUUCUUUGGUCUCAGCAUGAAAUAAAGCCUGCUUCAGUCUCUGCCGCUGCA